AUGAAAAUAUCCGCAAUUUCAUUACUAGGACUUUUGGUAUUAUUUUCAGUUGAGUUUGUAUGUGGGGGGGCGGAUUAUUAUAGUGUGCUUGGAGUUUCACGUACAGCCACCUCAAGAGAAAUUGCAAAAAAGUAUAGACAAUUAUCAAAAAAAUAUCAUCCUGAUAAAAAUCCGGGUGAUAAAGAGGCAGAAAAAAAAUUUGUUCAAUUAGCAGAAGCGUAUGAAGCAUUAUCAGAUGAAGAGAAGAGAUCAAUUUAUGAUCGAUAUGGAGAAGAAGGAUUAAAGCAACACCAACCUUCUGAUAGAAAAUUUGAUCCUUUUGAUAUAUGGUCACAAAUAUUUGAGCGUCAAUCACCAAGUAUUGUAAUGGAAAUAGAAGUAGAAUUAAAAGAAAUAUAUUUGGGUACAACACAUGAAAUAGAUGUGUCAAAACAAGUAAUUUGUGAUCAUUGUAGAGGCAGUGGAGCAAAAAGCCCAAAUGAUGUAACGUCAUGUACUGCAUGUGGUGGACAUGGUGUUAGAAUAGUUAAACAAAUGCUUGCACCUGGAAUAUUUCAACAAUUUCAAACAACGUGCGAGAGUUGUGGUGGUAAAGGUAAAAUGAUAAAAUCUAAAUGUCCAGUUUGUGAUGGGAAAAAAGUUAGACGUGGAAAUGAGCAACUAACCCUUGUAAUUGAAAAAGGAGUAGAAGAUGGUUCAUCAAUUGGAGAUGAAGCACCUGAUAUAAUACCAGGUGAUAUUAUUUUUAACAUCAAGACAUUACUUGAUCCAGUGUUUACUAGGAAAGGAGAUGAUUUACACAUAAAAGAAACAAUUUCAUUGAUUGAUGCAUUGACAGGCUUUGAAAAAAAUAUAACGCAUCUCGACGGUAGAAUAGUUAAUUUAAAACGUGAAGCAGUAACACAGCCAGGAUUCACACAAGUGAUAAAUAAUGAGGGCAUGCCAAGAUAUAAAUCAUCACCAAGUAAAGGAGAUUUAUAUGUUGAAUAUACUGUUAUAUUUCCUAAUAAAAUUGAUGAUCCAACUAAAGAAGAUGAACUAUAA